AUGACCACUUUACUAUUAGUGUUUGUGUGUUUGCGAGUCCUCACCGCAGCGGUCUCUGGGGAGCUCUCAGACAGUAGUGAUGGCCUGGAAGUGAAGAUACCUGAGCAGUCUCCCCUGCGUGUUGUCCUGGGAAGCUCCCUGAACAUCCCGUGUUACUUCAACGUCCCAGAGGAAGAGGACACCAGUGCUCUUCUGACCCCACGGAUCAAAUGGAGCAAGCUCUCAAACGGGACCGAAGUUGUCUUGCUAGUGGCCACGGGUGGGAAAAUCCGUCUCAACGCCGAGUACAGGGAGGUGAUCUCUUUGCCCAAUUACCCUGCCAUCCCCACCGAUGCCACCCUGGAAAUCAAGGCGCUGAGGUCCAACCACACUGGGAUUUAUCGCUGUGAAGUGAUGUAUGGGAUUGAGGACAGACAAGACACAAUAGAGGUCCUAGUGAAAGGCAUCGUAUUCCACUACAGAGCAAUCUCCACAAGGUACACCUUGAACUUUGAGAAAGCAAAGCAGGCCUGUAUCCAGAACAGUGCUGUCAUUGCUACUCCUGAGCAGCUGCAAGCUGCCUACGAGGAUGGGUACGAGCAGUGUGACGCUGGCUGGCUGGCUGAUCAGACUGUCAGGUACCCCAUCCACUGGCCCCGGGAACGCUGCUAUGGUGACAAGGACGAAUUUCCAGGAGUGAGGACCUACGGUGUCCGUGAGCCAGAUGAAACUUAUGAUGUUUACUGCUAUGCAGAGCAAAUGCAAGGUAAAGUCUUCUACGCCACCGCCCCCGAGAAGUUCACCUUCCAGGAGGCUUUUGACAAAUGCCGCAGUUUGGGAGCCCGUCUGGCCACCACGGGGGAGCUGUACCUGGCCUGGAAGGAGGGCAUGGACAUGUGCAGCGCGGGCUGGCUGGCCGACCGCAGCGUCCGCUACCCCAUCUCCAGAGCACGGCCCAACUGCGGAGGGAACCUGGUGGGCGUGAGGACCGUGUACCUGUACGUCAACCAGACGGGGUACCCACACCCCGACUCUCGCUACGAUGCCAUCUGCUACGGCGGGGAUGACGUUGAGAGCCUUGUCCCCGGGCAGUUCAUCGAUGAGACGGGAGGGGAGCUGGGCAGCGCCUUCACUGUCCAGACUGUCACCCAGACUGAAGUGGAGUUACCUCUGCCACACAAUGCCACGGAGGAGGAGGCUCGUGGCAGCAUCGCCACCCUGGAGCCCAUUGACAUCACGCCCACCACCACCGAGCUGUAUGAGGGCUUCAGCGUCCUGCCCGAUCUCUUCCCCACCAGCAUCACGGUAGAGGCAGCUUCCCCAGAGGAGCAGAACGUGACCAGGGGGGAUGUCACAGAGGUGUGGCCUGCACCUGCAGAGGUGACCACCAUAGCCUUAGGCACUACCUUCACCACGGAAACAGCAGAGGUGAGCUCGGUGGCAGAGGUCGUGGGGGUGACUGCCACACCAGGACCAGAGUCUGCCUCAGCCUUCACAGUGGAAGAUCAGCUGGUGAGAGCGACGGCAGCCCCCGGUGUCGGUCUGCUCCCUGGACAGCCCAUCUCCCCCACCGGCGUGGUGUUUCACUACCGUGCUGCCACCAGCAGAUACGCCUUCUCCUUCGUCCAAGCCCAGCAGGCCUGCCUGGAGAACAACGCCGUUAUUGCCACCCCCGAGCAGCUCCAGGCUGCCUACGAGGCUGGCUUUGACCAGUGCGACGCCGGCUGGCUGCGGGACCAGACAGUCAGGUAUCCCAUUGUGAAUCCCCGAAGUAACUGCCUAGGAGACAAAGAGAACUCUCCAGGCGUGCGGUCCUACGGCAUGCGCCCGGCCUCGGAGACCUACGACGUGUACUGCUACGUCGACAGGCUUAGGGGUGAGGUGUUCUUCGCGACCAAGCCAGAGCAGUUCACCUUCCUAGAAGCUCAGCAGUACUGUGAGAGCCAGAACGCCACGCUGGCCUCCGUUGGGCAGCUCCACGCUGCCUGGAAGCAGGGCCUGGACAGAUGCUAUGCGGGCUGGCUAGCUGACGGCAGCCUCCCGUCCCCCAACGGGGGGGACGCGCCCGGCGUGAGAACCAUCUACCAGCGCUCCGACCAGACGGGCUUUCCCCACCCGCUGUCCCGGCACCACGCCUUCUGCUUCAGAGCUCUGCCACCUGUGGAGGAGGAGGGGGUCACCUCAUUCUUUGAUGACGUGCUGGCAACCCAAGUGAUUCCUGGAGUGGAGGGGGUGCCCUCUGGGGAGGAGGUGACCGUGGAGACGGAGUUUGCCACUCAAGCUGAGAAUCAGACAGCCUGGGGGACAGAGGUCUUUCCAACCGACGUGUCGCUGCUCUCAGUGAGUCCAUCUGCUUUCCCUCCAGCCACCAUAAUACCAGAAGAAACAAGUACAAACGCUUCUGUCAGCGAAGUGUCGGGGGAGGUGACUGAAUCUGGAGAAUAUCAAGUCAGUGGUGAAUCUUCAACAUCCGUGUGGGUACCUGGAGUCACAGAUUCAAGCAGAGAACCGACUUCUGGAGUUUUUGAACUUAGUGGAGAACACUCAGGGAUUGGAGAAAGUGGAUUACCAUCUGUAGAUCUCCAUACCAGUGGCUUUCUACCUGGAGAAAGUGGGCUACCCUCAGGGGACGUGAGCGGCAUGCCUUCUGGCACUGUUGACAUCAGUGGCUUGCCUUCUGGAGAGGAAGGUGUAUUGGUGUCUACUUCGAGGAUACCAGAAAUUAGUGGGAUGCCAUCUGAAGUGGAAAGCAGUGGGCUGCCCUCUGGAUUUAGUGGAGAAAUCUCUGGCACGGAGCUAGUCAGUGGCACGUCAUCUGGAGAGGAAAGCGGGCUCACCUCGGGAUUUCCCACCGUCUCUCUUGUGGAUACCACACUGAUGGAGGUUGUAACAACAGCUCCAGAACGGCAAGAGGAAGGAAAAGGAUCCAUUGGAGUCAGCGGUGAAGGAGAUCUGUCAGGGUUACCAUCCACUGAGUGGGACAUCAGUGGUGGAGCCCAAGGGUUACCCUCAGGAGCUGAGCUCAGCGGGGAGCCUUCUGGAGGUCCUGAGCUCAGUGGGGAAGCUUCUGGGGUGCCCGAGCUCAGCGGGGAGCCCUCCGGAGGGCCUGAGCUCAGCGGCUUGCCCUCAGGACUGGAUGUCAGUGGAGAACCGUCUGGAACACGUGAGACCAGUGGGCUGGUGGACCUAAGUGGCUUUAUGUCUGGCAUCGAUGGAAGCGGUGAGGCCUCAGGGAUUGUCUUUGUAGAUACCAGUUUGGAGGAAGUAACAACAACCCCCUCAACUGGGGGAGCAGAAGCAAAGGAGAUUUUGGAAAUCAGUGGAUUACCUUCAGGAGGUGAGGAUGUUUCAGGAACGGUGUCUGGGAGUUUAGACAUCAGUGGUGAGCCUUCUGGGCACAUAGACUUUGGUGGGAGUGCUUCUGGAGUGCUUGAGAUGAGUGGACAUUCGAGUGGAGUGAUUGACAGCAGUGGAGAAGUCUCUGGAGCUGAUGUCACCAGUGGCCUACUGUCUGGAGAGGAAAGUGGACUCACCUCUGGCUUUCCCACAGUCUCUCUUGUGGAUACCACCUUGGUGGAGGUUGUGACACAGACAUCGGUUGCACAAGAGGUGGGAGAGGGGCCAUCUGGGAUGAUAGAAAUCAGUGGGUUUCCUUCUGGAGACAGAGGACUAUCUGGAGAAGGGUCUGGAGCUGUGGAGACCAGUGGAUUUCCUUCAGGGACAGGAGACUUCAGUGGAGAGCCAUCUGGGAGCCUGUACACCAGUGGAGACAUUUCUGGAGCCACAGACCUAAGCGGACAAACUUCAACAGUGGCUGAUAUCAGUGGAGAGACCUCAGGGCUCCCAGAAGUCACUUUAGUCACUUCUGAUUUAGUAGAAGUUGUGACAAGACCAACAGUAUCACAGGAACUGGGUGGGGAAACAGCUGUCACAUAUCCCUACAGUUUUGGGCCAAGUGGUGAGGCCUCAGCAUCUGGUGAACUAAGUGGGGAAACAUCUGCAUUGCCAGAAAGUGGUAUAGAAACAUCAACAGCUUGUGAAAUCAGUGGUGAAACAUCUGCAUUUCCUGAAACUAGCACAGAAACAUCCACAAUUCAAGAAGUGAGUGGGGAAACAUCUGCAUUUCCUGAAACUAGUGUAGAAACAUCCACAAUUCAUGAAAUCAGUGGGGAUGCCUCUGCAUUUCCUGAAUUUAGCAUAGAAACAUCCACAAAUCAAGAAGUAAGUGGGGAAACCUCUGUGUUUCCUGAAAGCAGCACAGAAACAUCCACAAUACAAGAAAUCAGUGGGGAAACAUCUGCAUUUCCUGAAAUUAGAAUAGAAACGUCCACAAGUCAAGACAUCAGUGGGGAAACAUCUGCAUUUCCUGAAAUUAGAAUAGAAACAUUCACAAGUCAAGAGGCGAGGGGUGAAACAUCUGGAUACCCUGAAAUUACCAUAGAAGCAUCCACGGUCCAUGAAACCAGUGGAGAAACAUCUGCAUUCCCUGAAAUCAGCAUAGAAACUUCCACAGUCCAUGAAAUCAGUGGUGAAACAUCUGCAUUCCCUGAAAUUAGCAUAGAAACUUCCACAGUCCAUGAAUUUAGUGGAGAAAGUUCUGUGUUUCCUGAAAUUAGAAUAGAAACAUCCACAAGUCAAGAAGCCAGGGGUGAAACAUCUGGAUACCCUGAAAUUAGCAUAGAAACAUCCACAGUCCAUGAAACAAGCGGGGAAACAUCUGCAUUCCCUGAAAUCACCAUAGAAACUUCCACAGUCCACGAAAUCAGUGGGGAAACAUCUGCAUUCCCCGAAAUCAGAAUAGAAACAUCCACAAGUCAAGAAGCCCGAGGUGAAACGUCUGCAUUUCCUGAAAUCAGCAUAGAAACUUCUACAGCCCAUGAAAUAAGUGGAGAAACAUCUGCCUUCCCUGAGAUUAGGAUAGAAACACCAACAAGUCAAGAAGCCAGGGGCGAAACAUCUGCUUAUCCCAAAAUUAGCAUAGAAACAUCCACGGUUCAAGAAGUAAGUGGGGAAACCUCUGCAUUUCCUGAAAUCAGAAUAGAAACCUCCACCAGCCAAGAAGCCCAGGGUGAGACAUCUGCAUUUCCUGAGACUGCCACAGAAACAUCCACAGUUCACUCCACCCGUGGAGAGGCAUCUGUAUUGCCUGCUGCUGACAUCAAAACAGCUGCCACAUCUUUGGCCACUGGUGAGCUCUCUGGUGUUCCUGAGAAGGAAACUCCUGACGCAACAUCUGGAGCUGUGACACACUCCAUCGCAGGCAUUUCAAGGGAAACCUCUGUCCCAGACGUUGUAAUUGGUACCAGUACUCCAGAUGUUGAACCAACACGGGGACCCAGGAACCCUGAAGAGGCUCAGCUCGAAAUAGAGCCCUCCUCUCCCACGGUGUGGGGACAAGAGACGGAGACAGCUGUUGUUCUAGACAAUCCCCAUCUGCUGGCCACCGCUACUGCUGCCCUGCCUCAAGCUUCACAAGAAGCAAUAGAUGCAUUAGGACCCACUACAGAAGACACUGAUGAGUGCCACUCAAGCCCCUGUCUGAAUGGAGCUACCUGCGUUGAUGGCAUCGACUCUUUCAAAUGCUUAUGCCUUCCCAGCUACGGAGGGGACCUGUGUGAGAUCGAUUUGGAAAACUGUGAGGAAGGAUGGACCAAGUUCCAGGGCCACUGCUACAGGCACUUUGAAGAGAGGGAGACUUGGAUGGAUGCAGAGAACAGAUGCCGACAACAUCAAGCCCACCUGAGCAGUAUCAUCACCCCAGAGGAGCAAGAAUUCGUGAACAGCCACGCACAGGACUACCAGUGGAUCGGCCUCAGUGACAGAGCCGUGGAGAACGACUUCCGCUGGUCCGACGGGCACCCCCUGCAACUCGAGAACUGGCGGCCCAACCAGCCCGAUAACUUCUUCACGGCGGGCGAGGACUGUGUUGUGAUGAUCUGGCACGAGCGAGGCGAAUGGAACGAUGUUCCCUGCAACUAUCACCUCCCUUUCACCUGCAAGAAAGGAACAGUGGCCUGCGGGGACCCCCCUGUGGUGGAGAACGCCAGGACCUUUGGUCGGAAGAAGGACCGCUAUGAAAUCAACUCCAUGGUGCGGUACCAGUGCAACCAAGGUUACAUCCAGCGCCACGUGCCCACGAUCCGCUGCCAGCCCAACGGGCAGUGGGAGGAGCCACGGAUAUCCUGCACAAACCCCUCCAACUACCAGCGCAGGCUAUACAAGAGGAGCCCCAGGAGCCGGUCGAGACCCAGCGGCAGAGCCGUGCACAGACCCACCCAUUAGAGCGGGGCGAGGGAGACCACGGGGGAAAGCGAGAAAGAGAGAGUUUUAAUGGAACAGUUAUAUUAACAGAGGCAAUUUCUUCUUCUUCUUGUUGCUUUUUUUUGUCAUAUAAGGAAAAAAAAAAAUUAUAUUAAAGACAAACCCACCUUUGUG